AACAGGACUGGUAGUUUCCAGUAAGUAGUAAGUUUUGAAGGGUUAAUCCAUGGAUCGAGUAAUUACUUUUUUGGAGGAAAAAAAAUGAAGGAAAACCCUCGCGGUGGCACUGACAGACAAAAUGAAAGAGGAACAAGGUACUCAAGGGUUGAGACAAGUGGUGCGCGGCAGCAGCUGAGCCCGAGAGCAAAACGUAGACCCCAAAGCUCACGUCCUAUCUUCCAAUUCCAAUUCAGUCCAAUGCUUGCUGUUCUUUGCUUCAUCGUCUCUGGUUUCGUUUUAGUACCCCAAUUUUGUUAAUCGAUCAAGGAUGGGCUCAUCCACCGCAUUUCCAUCGUCUCGGUUCAUCGCAUCUGAACCCCCCUCCUUUCUUCCUCGCCGUAGCGGCUGCUUCUCCUCCUUCACAUCUCCAACUUCAUUUGUCUCUUAUCGCAGAUCCUCCAACUCCCGAAUUCUGCAUAUCUCUGCUUCUCUUCUGCACUCAAACGUUGACGUUUCCUGGUUCCCUCCCGACCCCAAUUCUCUACCUAACAACUAUGGGGGUUGGGCCGUUGUUCAAGCUCCUCCGACUCCGAAAACAAAUAAAAAAGGAUUGUCUUCUAUUUUUGUUGGGAGUCUUAUUGGGUCUUCACUUGCUAUUGCAAUUUCCAUUUCAUACUUGUUAUUCUACAAAAAAGGGUUUAAGUUUCAGUUCAGGGGUCCAUUGAAUACUUUUCACGAGGUCUUUAGCUGGAGAGAAACAAGAGAUGAUCAAACCGAAGCUAGACACUAUCUUGAAUCUGAUGAACAGGCUGCUGAGGCAACACCCGACCAUGCAUCUCUUGCAGUUACCGAAACUGUUCCUUCAGCACCUUCACAUAAGCAGAAUCUUUCAGCACCUACAUAUAAGCAUGAACGCAUUGUGGUACCUGUUGCUGUGGAUUCUACUCAACAGGAAGCUUUGUCGAUUCUAAAGAAGCUGAAGAUCAUUGAAGAUGAUUUAAGAGCUGAUGAAUUAUGCACGAGAAGGGAAUAUGCUAGAUGGCUUGUUCGUACAAGUUCGUUAUUAGAAAGGAACCCUAGGCACAGGAUUGUUCCAUGCAUUGCACUUUCUGGGUCAGAAACUUCAGCAUUUGACGAUAUUGGUGCUAAUGACCCAGAUUUUGAGUCCAUUCAAGCUUUGGCAGAGGCAGGCAUCAUUCCCAGCAAGCUUUCUGGUAGGAACACUGCUUCUGAUGGUUCAAAAGGAGAAAUCAACUUCUUUCCUGACCGAUUCAUUUCUCGAGAGGAUCUUAUAAAUUGGAAAGCCUUGGUAGAGUAUGACUUUGAGCCAGGAGUAAUAGAGCAGAUAUCAAGGACAAAGGCAGAUUUUAUGGAUUUGAAGGAGAUCAGUCCAGAUUCAUCACCUGGACUUUUUAUAGACAUGUUGGCUGGGGAAAAGAGCAUACUCAGAAAAGUUUUUGGACAAAUCAAGCGAUUUCAAUCAAAUAAACCUUCAACAAAAGCACAAGUAGCAGUGGCUUUGACAAGUGGCAGGAUGGCAGAAGCAAUCUCCAAUGAGUUGUUGAAGCUAGAAAUGGAGAGUUGUUCAAAGAGAGCUCAAAUGAAAGAGAUCAAGUCCGAAUUGCUUGAAAAGGGAGAAAUACAGAGGUUUUGGAAUGAAAAGCUGGAUGAAGAAAGAACUCGAGGCUUUGAGGUGGAGAAGCUUUACUUUUCUGCAGUCCUGGAUGUGGAAGAGGAGAAGAUUGUUCAGGAGAAAUGUAGUGCUGAGUUUUUGAAGGAAAAGGCAGCAAUGGCCUGCCAGAGGCAACUGGUUUUGAGUCUGAAAGAAGAGGUUGCUGAGAUGUCAGAAAGGCUUGCAUCUGAGAGGACUAUGUAUGUUACUGAGCGUAGUAAGUUGCAAGAUACGCUUAGUGGUUUACAGUCCAAACAAGAAGAAAUAAUUGAUGCAAAAUCUAUACUGGAAGCUGAGAUCGAAGCUAUCAAGAUUCUCAGAUCUUGGGUAGAGGAUGAAGCGAGAAAAAGCCAAGCCCGAGCUAAGGUCCUUGAGGAGGUGGGACGAAGAUGGAAAUGGGAUGACAAAGCUUGAUUGUCAGUCAGCUGAAAAUGUUUAACAUAGGAAAACCAAAUAAGAAAUUCCCAUGGACAUGAAGCGCAGAAUGAGAAAAUCUGUAUUAUUUUUGUUGAGCAUUGGUCGGAGUGUUGAUAUUUGUUUUGUAUCAUCUUCUCAUUCAUGUUCUUACCUUUUCAUAUUGGUUCACUGUUGAUGAAACUAAAUGGGAUGAAAGAAUUGGGGAA